UUAGGCCCUCUCUUUCUUUCUGUCCCUCUCAAACAACAGGGAUUUCAUCUGCUCUGUCUCUUUCAAUCCUUUCCUUUUCAAAACUCGCUGAAUAGAUAGAUCAAUGGAGCUUGAGGAGGAGCCUAAUGAUGUGGCCUAUCAAAGAUCAUUGUUUACUAGAGAUCACCGGCCGCGGCUUCUAUACAUCACCGGAACCUCAUUCAUUACCAUUGCACGCAAAGCAAUCCGAAGAGCAGAGGAAUUCAAUGGUCCUCUUGGCAAUCUAACAAGAACAUUAGCGUUGAUGAUUAGCCCGAUCAUCAACCCUCUAGAGCAUCACUGCUUGUUGAUCCUCUCAUCACUCGAUGACCGAAUUCUAGCUACCGAAGAUAUAACAAUGCAAGCAUUCCCUCUAUCCGUGUGCUUGUUCACCAAGUUCGACGAGCUAGCAAUACUACUCAAUUCUCUUCCCGAAAUGUUCGAUCAAGUGUUCGACCAAAUAGCAAUGCUAAUCCACAAAUUUCCACUGAUGGACUGGACAUUGGAUCAAUUGAUACAUGUUCUUCAGACCUUGGCAUCAACAGUUGAGAAAUUAAUACCGAAACUUCAGUCUUCAAUGUCCGACACAGAGAAUUAUAAUUCUAGCCAAGAGAGGGAGAUCGUUGUAGAUAUAAACUACGAUGAACAACUCAAUGUAGAUGAGAGUAAGAAGCUGAGUGAGGAAGAAAGUGUUGAAGAUGCGCGUCGUGCACAGAAGAUGGAGGAGGAUAUUAGAGACGUGGAGAACACAUGCAAUGAGAUAAUUGCAGCAUUAGAGAAAAUGGGAAAGGUUGAAGAGGAUAUCAAUGCCAAUGUCCGAGGACAACCACCACCUCCCCCUCCACCACCUAAAUUCAAGUUAUUUGCUGGAUACAGAGUGAAGAAGACUAGGAAACUUGCUAAGGACAUUGCAGAGGUUAAGGAUGAUCCAAUUUUGGAGUUGUUUGAUGAAGGAUGGUUAAAGAGGUAGAAGCAAGUUCAUGUGUGGUUUCUUCUGUCUUGUAAGUUUUCUCACAAAUGUAUGAAGUUUUAAUAUAUAUAUAUAAAUAUAUGUAUGUAUGUAUA